GCCGUGGGCUCGUAUCGUCAGGAAGGGCCUAGGCCCGGGCCUGCUGUGUGGGCUCUUGCCGGUGCCUGGGCUCACCUCUUGACGUUCCCUCUGCCGCAGUGUCACCUGUUUCACAUCCCACUUAGAGUAGGCACGGGGAAGAUUUGCUGGAGUCAUGGAGGACAAGGUAGUCCGCAUUGCCAAGAAGAUGGACAAGAUGGUGCAGAAGAAGAACGCGGCUGGAGCAUUGGAUUUGCUGAAGGAACUUAAGAAUAUUCCCAUGACCCUCGAGUUAUUACAGUCCACAAGAAUUGGAAUGUCAGUUAAUGCUAUUCGCAAGCAGAGUACAGAUGAGGAAGUUACAUCUUUAGCAAAGUCUCUCAUCAAAUCCUGGAAAAAGUUAUUAGAUGGGCCAUCAACUGAUAAAGACUCUGAAGAGAAGGAAAAAGAACCUGCAAUCACAUCGCAGAACAGCCCUGAAGCAAGAGAAGAAAGUAGCUCCAGUGGCAAUGUAAGCAGCAGAAAGGAUGAGACAAAUGUUCGAGACACUUAUGUUUCAUCUUUUCCUCGGGCUCCAAGCACUUCAGAUUCUCUACGGCUAAAGUAUAGGGAGAUACUUGCUGCUGCUCUUCGAACAGGAGACGACUACGUUGCUAUUGGAGCUGAUGAGGAAGAGUUAGGAUCUCAGAUUAAGGAAGGUAUAUAUCAAGAAAUAAGGAAUACAGACAUGAAAUACAAAAAUAGAGUACGAAGUAGGAUAUCAAAUCUUAAGGAUGCAAAGAAUCCAAAUUUAAGAAAAAACGUACUGUGUGGGAACAUUCCUCCUGACUUAUUUGCUAGGAUGACAGCUGAGGAAAUGACUAGUGAUGAGCUCAAAGAGAUGCGGAAAAACCUGACCAAAGAAGCCAUCAGAGAGCAUCAAAUGGCUAAGACAGGUGGAACCCAGACUGAUUUAUUCACAUGUGGCAAAUGCAAAAAGAAGAACUGUACUUACACACAGGUACAAACCUGUAGUGCUGAUGAACCGAUGACAACAUUUGUUGUCUGUAAUGAAUGUGGAAAUCGAUGGAAGUUUUGCUGAGUUGGAAGAACUGGCAAGAUGUUUGGACCAUUAAGAAAAUGGAUUUUGUAAUUAGCUUUAGAACUAGGCCAAGCAACUAGUUUUCCUGCAUAUCAGAUUUUUAAAGCAUACAUACCUUGGGUUAGUCUUGGUUUUUGACAUAACAUCCCUUCCUUUAAUGCCUUCCGUAGUUUCAGAUCAAUAAGGAAACCAUGUAAUAAUUGUUCUCGUUCCAAAAACAAGUGGGAUUUCCCCCCAUUUACUUAUAAGUAAAUUGACAUUAA